GGUUUCACAGGGCGGCGCCCCCGAGAUGGCGCCAGCGUCGAAACGACUGCUCCGCCAUGAUUCGGGUCGCCCAGCCGGACGAACGUAUGCGCGGGGAAAGCGAGGUACGAUAGCGCGGGAGUGCUUCAGUGAAAAUGGUGAACUGUGCCGUGUUUGGUUGCAACAACCACACCAAAAAGAAGCCCGGAGAUGAGAACGCAUCCGAUGUCGGCUUUUUCUGCAUCCCAAAAGUCAUCGUAAAUCAGUGCAAGCAUACGAAAGAUGUCACGGAGCGACGAAGAGCGGAGUGGCUCCGGCGUAUCAAUCGGAAAGACCUGGACAACUCUGCAACCCACUACCGCGUGUGCGGUAAACACUUCAUUUCCGGACGCCCUUCGUACGCAAUGGCUGAAACUGAUCCGGACUGGGCGCCGUCUCUGCAUCUUGGACACGGAAAGCCAAGGAGCAGCGACAGUUCACUAUCCCGACACACCAGGCAUCUAAAAAGGCUGCAAAAAAAGCACAAGCCGCUCCAGCCACUGCAACCCUGCUUAGAUGAUGACAGCGCGCUUCCCAUGCCACUGCAAUGCGAAAACGAUAAUGCAGAAGUUGAAGAGCCUGAGAUAACCAUCCAGGAAGAAUGCAGCGGUACUGAGAAGAGAGACUUUGGGCAAAACACAGAGCUAACAAUGCUUCAAAUAAAGCUGCUUGAGGAUGAAAAUAACCGUCUCCUCUCGGAAUUGGUUGACACCAAAAGCAAGCUUGGCACUCACAUGCUGACUGAAGACUGCCUCAAAGAGAAACCAGACAUGCUGCAGUUUUACACUGGGUUGCCAAGCUUUGAUCUGUUGUGGGCACUUUUCCUGCUUUUAGAAGGAAGUGUAUCUCAUACAAGCCAGAACUGCUUGACAAAGUUCCAGGAAAUGCUUGUCUUCCUCAUUCGUCUCCGCCUCAACGUGCCAUUGCAAGAUUUGGCUUACAGGUUCCAUGUGUCCCGGGCCACAAUCUCGCGAGUGAUCAACAAGUGGCUAGACGUCGCUUUCGUUCGUCUUGAACGAGCAGUAGUAUGGCCAAAACGUGAGGUCUUGCGUAAAACAAUGCCAAUGGUAUUUAGGAAAUCAUUUGGGACAGACGUAGUUGUCAUACUCGACUGCUUUGAGGUGUUUAUAGAACGACCUUCAUCAAUGCUGUUUCGAUCACAGACAUGGUCUACCUAUAAAAACCACAAUACAGUUAAAUAUCUCAUUGGCAUUGCCCCUCAGGGAAAUAUAACCUUCAUAUCACGUGGCUGGUGUGGCCGCACUAGUGACAAGGCUAUAACUGAAGGCUGCAAAGUGCUUGACAAUCUUCUACCUGGCGACAUGGUUCUAGCGGACAGAGGCUUCACGAUAUCGGACUCCGUGGGAAUACGUUCCGCUAGGUUGGUGAUGCCUGCAUUCACAAAAGGCAAGCCACAACUUUCGGCUUUCCAGGUAGAGAAAACACGCAGGGUCGCUAAUGUGCGCAUACAUGUGUAAAGGGUGAUCGGUUUGCUACGGAACAAGUUUCGCAUACUAAAGCACACACUACCCGUCGAAGUGCUCACUGCAGAUGAAGACGGCCCAACAGUGCUCGACAAAAUAACAUUUGUGUGUGCAGCUCUAGCUAACCUCUGCGAUUCCCUGGUCCCUUUUGGCUAGAUGUGUGAAGUAUUUUCAAAUGACUGGAUUGGGAAGAGUAGGAAUCAAGAUUAACGGGAAAUAUUUCAGUAGCUUACGAUUGGAAGGCAACAUCGUGCUCCUCAGCAAUGAUUAUAUCUACAUUUUUUUUACUUACAUUACCAGCAUGGUUUUGUAUUACUAUUCUGUAAUAAAAAUUCUUUUUUUCUGUGUACUUCACUGUGAUACUUCAUAUUGUUUUCUUUACUACAUACCGGGAGGUCCCUUUAA